AGAAUAGAUUUUUGGGUCAGUAAAGCAAACAGCUAAGCUGAGAGAUAAAGGGUGAAAGAAAAGAAAUAGCAAAACCAAGAGCUACAAGAAAAUGGGUCUUACUUACAAGCAAGUUAUACUCGUUGGAGAUUCCGGCUGCGGUAAAUCCUCACUAGCCCUCCGACUCGCUCACUCCUUUUACUCGGAGACCUACAUCCCAACCGAGUUUGAGAGCCACACCACUGAGCUGGAGGCACCUCAGACUGGAGGAAAGGUACAGCUUAGGCUCCAGGACGUCACGGGCUCGAAAGAAGGAGCCAGUUUCAGGCAGCUUGCAUACGAGGGAUGCGAUGCCGUUCUCCUCUGCUUUGACUUGAACGACUCUGAGAGCUACGAAAACAUGGAGACACGCUGGGUCCCAGAGAUAAGCAGUUUCGCCCCUGGCGUCCCAGUCUUCAUUGCAGCCUGCAAAGAGGACAAAACCAGCAAAGAAAGAAAGGAGAGCAUGAGAAACGAGCUCGAGAGCCUGGCUGAGAAAAUCGGAGCAGCUGGCUACGGAGUGUGCUCUGCAUCUCAGAACGACAAAAUCGAAGAAUUAUUCCAACAGAUAUUAGAAAUAAAAGCACAAAAACAACGCAAGGGAGUCAAGAAGGUCAUCAGUUCCACGAAAAAGAGUCUAAAAAGAAUGUACAGCAAUAUGUAAAGGGGUACACAGCACCGAACUUGAGUGUUGGCAGCUAAAAUAAAAUUCAGGGCUGAAGAGGUGUUAGAAAUGACUAUCGUAGCCUCUCACUCCCUCAAAACGCAAGAGCCCCUUUGCAGAGAGUCGAAGAAGAAAAACAAACAUUUUUCUCUUCAUUGUCACAUGUUUAUCACUUAUUUGUAUCGUUUUAUUUUGUGUUCUUACUUGCUAACUCACUGUCACUGCACAUCACAUUAUUAUAUUU